AUGGGGGAGCCUACAACAUUAAAUGAAAUGUACAAACUUCUUUCGGCUGAUAACAAGAAACAGACUGCGCAACUGACCGAGAAGAUAGAGCAGAGUGAAGCAAACGUCUCUAGACACUUAAGAAAGACGAACAGAAAAAUUGUUGAGAUUGAACAAAGAAACAUUUUCUUAGAGAGAAAGAUAAGAAGGAACAAUGUAUUAUUUUUUGGAUAUAAAGUUGAGGAUCCGAAAGAUCUACUUAAACUGACAAUUUCAAAAAUAAAUGAAUUGUUAGCAACCAACAUAAAAGAGGACAACAUUAACAAUAUUUAUAAAGUUGGUAAGUCAGAUUCUGCACCGACUCUUAUCGAGUUUAUUUCCUACUUAAAGAAAGCAGAGCUAUUCAAGGAUCCAGAAAAACUUAGGGCGCUAAAAAACACACCAUAUGCGAUUUCAAAUGAUCUCUGCGAGGAAGAUAGGAGGGAACUGAAAACACUAAGAAAACACCAAAAAAAAGCACACGACGAAAAUAAACCGGCAAAAAUUAAAGGUCUAAAGUUGGAGAUCGACAAUAAACUCUAUACAGCUAAAGAAUUGGAAGGCCACUCAGAAUCAGAUAUACCUACUACCAGCUCGGAGACCGAAGAAUCAAGCGAAGAAGAAAGUGAAGAAGAAGAGCAAAAUAUAGAACAGAGAACCAGUGUCGAUCAAGAUCAAAAUAAAAAUAGCAAGAAGAGAAAACAACAUAAAACACCCAGUCCAGGUGGGAUGAAAACAAGGUCCAACAAAAAGAAGAAAACUAUUCGAAAACUAUAA